AUGAAGCAGGCGGGGGCGGCGCGGCCCGGUCGCCCCUCGCCGCUGCCGGGCGCGCUGUGGGGGUCCCCGCCACAGGCGCUGGGCGACGACACCGAGGACGUGUCGCUGGACUUGGGCGGCGAGGAGGAGCUGGCGCUGCGGAAAGCCCAAAUCAGGCACCCACUGGCCACCUUUUUCCACCUGUUUUUCCGAGUGAGUGCUAUUAUUACCUACUUGUUCUGUGACUGGUUCAGCAACAGCUUUGUUGCCUGUUUUGUCACUAUUCUCCUCCUUCUAUCCUUUGACUUCUGGUCAGUUAAGAAUGUGACAGGAAGACUCCUGGUUGGUUUACGUUGGUGGAACCAGAUUGAUGAAGACGGAAAAAGCCACUGGGUAUUUGAAGCAAGAAGGGUGUCUACGCCAGCUGCCUCAACUGAAGCUGAAGCUCGAAUCUUUUGGCUUGGCCUCAUUAUCUGUCCAGUCAUUUGGAUUGUAUUUUUCUUCAGCACCUUGUUUUCCCUGAAGCUGAAAUGGCUGGCUCUCGUGAUAGCUGGGAUCUCCCUUCAAACUGCUAAUUUAUAUGGAUACAUCCACUGCAAAUUAGGGGGACAAAAAAGCAUCAGCAGAAUAACUUCAAGGUUUUUUGUCACAGCAGAUGUUCCCAAGAGACAGACAAGAAUUUCAGAUGACUGCAUUGAAGAACAUGGAAAGACAGGCACUAGAUAGUCAUUUAAGGAAAUAAUAAAAAGAACUGGUAAAAAUACUGAUUUAUGAAAUCUGUUUUUCAUAUUAAGUUACUGAAGUGAAGCUCUUCUAGAAUUAUACCUGCAUGAAAUAAUG